AUGAAGCAGCGAUUCUCGUCCUUGGACGUCAAAGUCAUUGCUCAUGAGCUCUCGUCGGCGUUAGUGAGCCUGCGCGUCUCCAACAUCUACGACCUUUCGUCGCGAAUCUUCCUGUUCAAGUUUGCCAAACCAGAGCGUCGCGAGCAGCUCAUCAUAGAUUCUGGCUUCCGCUGCCACCUCACCACCUUCGCUAGAGCCACUGCUGCCGCUCCUUCGCCCUUCAUCACCCGUCUCCGCAAGUACCUUCGCACCCGCCGAGUCACCUCCGUCUCCCAAAUUGGUACCGACCGCAUUAUCGACAUUCAAUUCUCCGAUGGCCAAUACCAUCUGUUCCUCGAAUUCUAUGCUGGCGGUAACAUUGUACUCACCGACAAUGAGCUGAACAUCAUCGGUCUGCUCAGAAACGUCGAUGAGGGCGCAGAGCACGAGCGCUACCGUCUGGGCCUCCAAUACAACCUCGAGCUGCGUCAAAACUAUGGAGGUGUUCCACCCCUGACCAAAGAGCGAGUCCGCGCUGGUUUAGAGAAGGCCAUUGAGCGUCAGGCCCAAGACCAGUCCACCAAAAAGAUCAAGAAGAAGCCUGGAGAUGCUUUGCGCAAAGCUCUAGCCGUCUCAAUCACAGAGUUCCCUCCUGUUGUUCUCGAUCACGUCUUCGAAGUUACUGGCUUCGACAAGAACGUGCAACCAUCUGAGGUCCUCGAAAAUGAAGAGACGCUCGACAAACUCAUGGCUGUCUUUGAGGAGGCCUCUAAGGUUCUCGCUGACAUCACAUCUGCCGAAACUGUUACGGGUUACAUCGUAUGCAAGCGUAACAAGAAGGCUGCCGCAGACAACAACGAAGAUGGUCAAAGCAACGAGGACAAGACCAAGGGCUUGAUGUACGACGACUUUCACCCUUUCAAGCCAAAGCAGCUCGAGAACAACUCUGAAAAUGUCUUCCUGGAAUUCACCGGUUUCAACAAGACUGUAGAUGAAUUCUUCUCGUCCAUUGAGGGUCAGAAGCUUGAAUCUAGAUUAAGCGAAAGAGAAGAGCAGGCAAAGAAGAGGCUCGAGGCCGCCCGUCAAGAACAUGCCCGUCGUAUCGGUUCUCUUCAGCAAACGCAGGAACUCAACGUCACGAAAGCUCAAGCUAUCGAGGCUAACCUGGAUCGUGUCGAAGAGGCUACCGCAGCCGUCAAUGGUCUCAUUGCUCAAGGUAUGGACUGGGUCGAGAUCGAACGUUUGAUCGAGAUGGAGCAGAGUCGCAACAAUGCCGUCGCAGAGAUCAUCAAGCUUCCUCUUAAACUCGAGGAAAACACUGUUACUUUACUUCUGUCUGAUUACUCUUACGAAGAAGAGGAAGAGAUGGGUGACGUGACUGAGAGUGACAACUCGGACAGUGAGGACGAGGACAAGAAAACGUCAUCAAAGGGCAACCAAAAGGAAGACAAGCGUCUUGCCGUCGACAUUGAUCUCGGCCUGUCAGGUUGGUCAAAUGCGCGUCAAUACUACGACCAAAAGCGUGUAGCAGCCACCAAGCAGGAAAAGACCGAGCAAGCUUCCACCAAGGCACUGAAGAGCACUGAACAAAGAAUUCAGGCAGAUUUGAAGAAGGGUCUGAAACAAGAGAAGGCUGUUCUUCGCCCUGUUCGCAAGCAGCUCUGGUUUGAGAAGUUCAUUUAUUUCAUCUCGUCUGAUGGUUAUCUGGUUCUUGGUGGCAAAGAUGCUCAACAGAACGAGCUUCUCUAUCGCCGUCACCUGAAGAAGGGAGAUAUUUACGUUCAUGCCGAUCUUCACGGUGCCUCAUCCGUCAUCAUCAAGAACAACCCUGGACUAGCUGAAUAUGAAAUUCCUCCGUCGACCUUGUCGCAGGCCGGUAACUUGUCAGUCUGCACAUCGAGUGCCUGGGACUCUAAGGCUGUCAUGUCUGCUUGGUGGGUAAAUGCCGACCAAGUGUCAAAGACUGCUCCUACCGGAGAAUACCUGACUACUGGUGGAUUCAUGAUCCGUGGCAAGAAGAACUUCCUUCCUCCUGCCCAGCUUCUCCUUGGUUUUGCCGUUAUCUGGCAAAUCAGCGAACAAAGCAAGGCCAAACAUGUCAAACAUAGAUUGCAGAACGACGAUGUCCGUGGAUUGACUCAAGAAGCAAACUCAAAGGCCGCUGCUAACGAAGAAUCUGACGAUGACUUCCCAGACGCUGGAAAGGAUGAGGCUAGUGAUGAUGAAUUCCCUGAUGUCAAGGAUGAGGGCAAGACUGACGAGUCUGAUGACGAGUUCCCUGAUGCACAAAAAGGAGAUGCAUCUCCUGCUAGCGAGGAAGCGAGAACACCUGAAGAACGUUCGAAUCCUCUGCAGCCUCAGGGAGCUCAAAAACUGCGUGAGCAGCCAGCAGAUGAAGAUUCUGUUUCUGAGUCUGAGGGCGAAGAGGAGUCCAACGAGAAGCAAGAAGCCUCUGAGCCAGAAGUGUCAGAGCCUGUACUACCGGAGUCGUCAGGCAAGAAGGCCGCAGCCAAAGCCAAGAACAACGCUCCCAAGAACCCUUCCAACCAGCCCAAGCAGACCAAGCCCGUCCGCGGCAAACGAGGCAAAGCCAAAAAGGCAGCCCAAAAAUACGCCGACCAAGACGAAGAAGACCGCCGCCUAGCUAUGGAAAUCCUCGGCUCCAAAGCAGCAGAAGAAAAACGCGCCACCGAAGAAGAAGAAAAAGCCAAAAAGGCAGAGAGCGCCGAAGCAGCAAAAGAACGCCGUCGCGCCCAGCACGAAAAAACGCAGCGUGAAGGUCUGGAGGCUGAAGAGAUCAGACGCUUGAAUCUGGAAGAGGGAAUUGAGGCGCUGGAUGAAGAGGAAAGUAAUGCUGUUACGCAGUUGGAUGCUUAUGUGGGAACACCCCUCCCUGGCGACGAACUCCUCGAAGCCAUCCCCGUUUGUGCUCCUUGGGCUGCACUGGCAAAGUACAAGUAUAAAGUCAAGCUCCAACCCGGAGCACAGAAAAAAGGCAGAGCAAUCCGUGAAAUCAUGGAUAGCUGGGCCAAAGCCGGUACUGUCAAUAAAUGGGUUGAUCAGUCCAUGACCGAUACCGAACGCAUCUGGCCCCGAGAACUCGAGCUCAUCAAGAACUGGAAGGAUGUGGAGGUUAUCGGUGUGUUGCCUGUUAGUAAAGUCAGAGUCAUGAUGAGUGGAGGUGCACACGGCAGCAGCAGCAGUGGAGGUCAAAAAGGAAAGGGCAGAGGCAGAGGAGGCAGAGGGUCGAAGAAGUCUCGUUGA